CGACCUGUGUCUUCUUCCUCUCUCUCAUCCCCGUUGUUGGCUGGCUCCCAGUCUUUCGGCCCAAGUUUCACAGUUCUCAUCUCGACCUGGAAAGUCGUUGCUUUCCGCAUUGCAACUCCCUCUCUCUCUCUGGAUUAUAAAAGGAAGAGAGAGAGAGAGAGCCGCAAGUCAUUGCUUCCCGCGUUUUCCACCUCCAAUCUCCAUUAAUGUCAUGCGUGCAAGCCAUUCUCAAUUUUCCUCUGAUCCUCAUCUCUCCGCCACAUGAUUAUUUCUUGGUCCCUAACGGUUUUAAUUCUCUCUAAGCUUCUUCCUCCCUCACAUUAUAUACAUAUAUCCAUCCGCUUUCCCUUUCAUCACUUUCCCCUUCUGAAAGCCAAACCCACAAUCCAGAACCCUACCUCUCGCAAUUAGUACCUGGCCUUUUGUUGUCUGCUAUCUGAUUUGAUUGAAUAGGAAACUAUGGGGAAUCAUAUGAGCACUAGACCACCUGAAACUUCAGCAACCAUCAACCUCAAUAGCAAUCUUCAUUACUCAACUGAGCUCAAUUCAUAUGAGACUGCUUGUAGGCUUGAUGAGGACUUGCGGACAUUCGAUUCGAGCCUCCAAGCUCGAACGAAUCAUGUCAUCAACACCCUCGCAGUUGGGGUUGAGGUCCGGGCACUCUCGUUUGAUUCUCUGAGGGAAGUGACCGAAUGCCUUCUGGAGAUGAACCAGGAGGUGGUGAAAGUGAUCUUAGAAUGCAAGAAAGACAUAUGGAAGAACCAAGAAUUGUUUGAGCUAGUUGAGGAGUACUUUGAGAAUAGCCUGCAGACUCUGGAUUUCUGUACUGCAUUGGAGAAAUGCCUCAAGCGAGCUCGAGAUAGCCAAUUGCUUAUCCUCGUAGCCGUCCAGCAAUUCGAGGAGGAAGAUGGGAUUGAAGGAAAUAGAUAUGCGAGGACUCUGAAGGAGUUGAAGAACUUCAAGGCUGCUGGUGAUCCUUUCACUGAUGAGUUCAUGCAAAUCCUUCAAUCAGUUUACAGGCAGCAGAUACUGAUGCUCGACAAGCUGCAAACCCGAAAGAAGAAGCUUGACAAGAAACUCAAGUACAUUCAUGCUUGGAGGAAGGUCUCUGGCAUAAUCUUUGCCGCCACGUUUGCUGCUGUGCUGAUCUGCUCGGUGGUGGCAGCUGCCAUUGCAGCCCCACCCGUGGCGGCUGCUCUUGCUGCUGCAACCUCCAUCCCAUUGGGAUCAACGGGCAAGUGGAUUGAUUCUCUCUUGAAGAACUAUGAGAAUGCUGUGAAAGGACAGAAGGAGGUCAUUAGCUCAAUGCAGGUUGGCACCUAUGUUGCCAUUAAGGACUUGGACAACAUUCGGGUACUCAUUGACCGGUUGGAGGUUGGGAUCGAAUCCCUCUUCAACGACGCUGAUUUUGCCAUCAGAGAAGAGGCUGUGAAGGUUGGAAUAGAGGAGAUAAAGAAGAAACUUGGAGAGUUCAUGAAGAAUGUCGAGGAUUUGGGGGUGCAAGCUGAUAUGUGCAGCCGUGAUAUCCGCCGGGCGAGGACUGUGGUUCUUCAGAGGAUCAUCAAACCUCCCAGUCAUUGAAACUUGAUCUGAUUUACACACUGUAUGAUCCCAAAACUCCAUAUUUAAGUUUGUAUCUUGAAUCCGUAGAGGGAUCAUGUUAUUAAUUACGAAUAAUAACAGAUGACUAGGCAUUCAUUCUCUUCUGCCAUAAUGCCUAUGCAUAAGAAACAUUCCAGUUAGUUUCCUACUUUGACAAUGUUCGUUCAUUUCAAUAGAUUCAUUCUUUCAUUUAAUAACAAUUGACAUUGUCUUUUUUA